UAAUUUAUUUGGAAACGAAUCAGCAACACAUUCACAUCUUAAUGUUCCUUUUAUCUCUCUAAUCUGCCUUAUUUUUGAUCUUGUUCCAACAUCUAAAGGUCAGGGUGACAGCAACAUAUAAAACCAUGGGGUUCCUUCCACCACCACAUCAUUGCAGCCAUGGCGUUCCUCUGGCUCCUCUCCUGCUUCGCUCUCCUCGCCGCCUCUCAUGGCCUUCAAUGUGGUUUGCCCUCCAUCUCCCCUGUGAUCACGGGCUAUUCACGAAUUGUAAACGGUGAAGAAGCCGUGCCUGGCUCCUGGCCCUGGCAAGUCUCCUUCCAGGACUACAGUGGCUGGCAUUUCUGUGGUGGUUCCCUGAUCAAUGAAAACUGGGUUGUCACUGCUGCUCAUUGUGGUGUGAGUACAGGGGACCGAGUGAUCUUAGGGGCACACGACAAAAGUUGGACGGAACCAACCCAACAAGUCAUGUCUAUUGAAAGGGUGUUCACUCAUCCUGAUUGGAAUUCCUACACCAUCAACAAUGAUGUGUCCGUAGUGAAACUCAGAUCCUCCCCAGCAAUCACAAGUCGUGUAUCCCCCGUGUGUCUCACAACAGGAGACUUUGCUGGAGGCACCAUGUGUGUCACCACUGGAUGGGGCAGGACUCGAGCAAGUCCUGCCGAGCGUCCAACAAAACUGCAGCAGGCGACCCUGCCUCUGCUAACCAACAGCAAUUGCAAGGGCUACUGGGGCAAUCAGAUCUCCGACGUCAUGAUCUGUGCCGGGGCAGACGGUGCCUCGUCCUGCAUGGGUGACUCUGGAGGUCCUCUCAUCUGCCAGAAGGAUGGUGUGUGGAACCAGGUUGGCAUCGUUUCCUGGGGCAGCAGCAGCUGCUCUACCAGUAUCCCCGGGGUCUAUGCCCGAGUGACUGAACUCAGGGGCUGGAUCGAGCAGAUCAUUGCAGCCAACUGA